AUGACUGAUUCCAGGCAAGAGAAAAUUAAAUCCUAUACACUUUCUAUGCCUUCAUUUUUAGCUAGUAAAAGAAAAUUGGUCUUGAACCCUUUAGCUACGAAGAAAUCACCACAGAGUUUUUCGAGAAGAAAUUCAGAAGUGGGAAAGCUUCCCCCGAUUGUUUCUCCAAGACCACGCAUAGAAAGUUGAGAUUGCCAAAUAAAUUCGGCACUAGACCUAUUAAACUCACCAAAAACCGUCAGAAACUCACCCUCAUCGUCGAAGUAUCUCCCUUUUAUAUAUGCCCAAAAUGGGCUUGAAAAAGCCAACGAAAUAAUGCCAGAUCUUAAAUUGAGAAGGGAUUUCGUCCUUCCAAUUACAAGAAAAGAUUGUUGUGUAAAUUUAUUAGAAGAUUGUAAUGUACAAGCGAAAAAUCCAGAAAUUCAUAAACGGCAUAGGACGCUCCUUAUGCAAAGUGUACAGGAAGGGUAA